AUGGGAUACUUUGACUGCGAAUAUAACGCACUGGGUAUGGAUAAGCCGGGUGUUUUAGUUACUAAUGAAGAAUCUAAGGUGCUUGCCAUGCUUAAUGGACCAUUUGAACCAUCUGGUAGCAUUAUUAACUUAUACAGUGGAACUGUCCGUGCCACCGUGCUGGGAAGUACUGAAACCCGGACACAGUAUGCAGCAAUGCAAGAAAGCAUUGAAAUGAUCCUGUCGGAUAUAAUAUACCUAAGAGACUAUCCCAGGUGUGUGCUAGACAUUAAAGUCUAUGUAAUAUCAUCAGGACAGAAUAUACUGCCUGCUAUAAUCAAUGCAAUAUCUGUGCUACUGCUAAACGCAGGGAUUCAGAUGAAAGGUAUUCUACUCUCUGUGAGUGACCACGCGGCGCACGCCACAUCUGGCUAUGUAUACGCAGAUAAAAAAUAUCAGAAAGUCUUACAGAUAGGGCCACAAUCACAGGAUAAUAUAUCAGAACUAGAUGAUUUAUUAGAACGAAUGGUGUAUUCACUAAAAGAAGACUAUAAAAAAGACUGGAACAUAUCCAUACAUAAAUAA